GUAGUGACUAAGUAGUCCAGUACUCAUCUGACCGUCAUCUGCUCAUUGACGCGUCCAUGUCGACUCAGAAGAUCGUCAAGGCUAUCCGGCCGUCUGCUUGCUUGAUCAUUGUCUCGCCGCUCGCAAAGCGCGUUCAGGGCUAUGAUUACCGCAUCGUUCUCGUCAGGCGCAAUGACAAGGCCAGCUUCGCCAGUGCCGGUGUCUUUCCCGGUGGUCUCUUGGAGCCUAUUGACAAGGUCGGCACCAGCUCCAGUGAUCCUGCGGCACAGAUGGUAGGUGCAUCGACGACCGCGGUUGAUGCAGCCUCGCUCGCACCUAAUCAACCCAACUCUAUCGACAACCCGUCUCUCGAGGCAUUCAAGCGAUGUGCCUUUCGUGAGACCUUCGAAGAGACGGGUAUUUUGCAUACAACGCCGCCUAUUGACUUCUCAAAGUCUGGGUCACGCAAACAGGCCCGUCAGCGUGCCAAUAAGAGUGCCACCGAGUUCUACAAGAUGUUGGAACAAGGCAAAGCGGCAUUACCACUGAACGAUGUUGUCUACUUUUCUCGCUGGAUUACACCCGUGAUGCUACCAAAGCGGUUCGAUGCGCACUUCUUCUUGCACGAGGUUCCAAGUGCGCAGACACUCCCUGCAAGGCAAGACAAUUCAGAAACGCUUGAAAUUUCGCACUUCACCCCAGAUGAAGCAAUUGCGGCGUACCGUGCGGGAAAGAUUAUCUUGUUCUUGCCGCAGCUGUACAUCCUGCAUGACUUGGCACUCUUCAAGAACCGCAAAGACUUGUUCUCUGCUGACGUUCGCAGCCGCAAAGUCGAGGCUUUCCUGCCAGACAUGUCUAAGCAGAAAGGCUACGUCGUGUUGCCUGGAGACGAGCUGUCUGGUGGUGAACCAGGCACCUUGAACAGGGUUGCCGUUGAGAAGAUUGGCGAUGUCAUCAAGCCAUCGCUUAUCACAAGAAAGAACUACCCUGGUCUGCCGAAUUUGGAUGGUAAACAGACGGCUGAGAGCAUCGCCAAGCUCUAAUAGACAUAACUCAUAUCAUGAAGACGGUGUAGAAACAGUGACGACUGG